ACUGCUGCCUAGCAACCAGCGACCAAUACGAUUCGUGGAUGUGAGAGCGGAUAAAAGAUUUAUUGUUGUGUUGAUUAUAGCGGUGCUAACUCUGUGUAUACUGUAACUUUCUGAUUUUAGACCUUAAAGAUUUGAACCGGAAUGAGUCUGUCUUUAAGAACUGAGCUUGCAGUGGACAAAACCAGGCGCAAGAAGAGGAGAGAGCUCACAGAAGAUCAGAAACAUGAAAUUAAAGAGGCAUUUGAUUUAUUUGACACUGACAAAGAUAAAGAGAUAGACUACCAUGAGCUGAAGGUGGCAAUGCGCGCCCUCGGGUUCGAAGUGAAAAAAGUGGACGUUCUGAAGAUUCUGAAGGACUACGACAGGGAGGGCAAUGGCAAAAUUACAUUUGAGGACUUCAAUGAAGUGGUGACGGAUCGCAUCCUGGAGCGGGACCCGAAGGAGGAGAUCAUGAAGGCUUUUAAGCUCUUUGACGACGACGAGUCGGGGAAAAUCAGCCUGAGGAACCUGAGAAGAGUCGCGCGAGAACUCGGUGAAGACAUCAGUGACGAGGAGCUGCGCAGCAUGAUUGACGAGUUUGACACAGAUGGAGAUGGAGAGAUCAACCAGGAGGAGUUCCUCUCCAUCAUGACCGGAGACUCCUGACGAUUCCCAACUCUUUUGUUGGAUACUUCAUUCAGAUUGUGAGAAGCUGAAGGACGUGCAGCUUUUCGUCAUAGCUCUGAGGUGGACUGGAUUCAUUUCAUUGACCUGGAGGCUUUUUUUGUUUUCAUUUCUUGCAUGGCAACAUUGGACUGAGUGGGAGGCUCAAGAUCAGUCGCAUCACCCUGGGGCACACCAGGGCAUCUUUAUUAUUCAGUUAUUCCAAAGUCACACUUGGUUCAAUAUAAACGAUGUAAAGUAGGAACUAUUCAAAACUCCAGGUUUGUCGUUUCCUCUGACUUGGAAAAAGUGAAGCAACAUGUUUAAAAGUCUAUUUUCUAAAACAGUUGUAUAUCAUACAGUUAUUGGUUGUACUUGUUAGUAACAUGUCAGUGUUUGGAUGUGCUAUUUAUUUUUUUACACAAUAAAUUGUUUUGCCAGCUGA